ACCCGAUGAUUUCCGACUGCGCCCAAAGCCAGCGCCGAGCCUCUUCGGCAACUUCCGGAAACCCGGAAGGGAGGCUGCCAAGCGCGUUCGGGCGUCUCCGGAAGGGCAGUGACACCCGGGCGGCAGGAGGGCGGCCGCGCUCCGGCCCCAGCUAGCCAUGCGGCUGCUCUCGCGGGCCCUCCGCGCGGCGCAAGGCUACCGGAGCCUCCGGGCAGCGCCGGUGGGACGGGCGCUGGCGCUGGCGGCGCGGCGCGGGCUGAGCGCGCGGCCCGGCCUGGAGGAGCUGUUCGCCGCGCCCUCCCUGCGCCGCCUGCUGGAGGCGCGCGCGCGGGGCGAGGGCGGGGCGGCGCCGCAGCUGGCGGCGCGCGUGCGGCGGCUGCGCGACAAGGAGCGGGAGCUGCGCGACACGCGGGAGCUGGCGCAAGAUGAGAAUGAAGAUUUCCGGAAGCUUGCAGAAACAGAAAUUGCUUCCUGUGAAGAAGAGAUAGCUGAACUGAAACAACAGAUAGUGUUGCUUUUGAUUCCUUCAGAAGAAACAGAUGAGAGUGAUCUUGUCAUGGAAGUAACUGCUGGAGUUGGAGGGCAGGAAGCCAUGCUGUUCACCUCGGAGAUAUUUGAUAUGUAUCAACGAUAUGCUGCUUACAAAAAGUGGAAAUUUGAAAUAUUAGAAUACUUUCCCAGUGAACUAGGUGGCCUAAGACAUGCAGUAGCCAGUAUCGCAGGCGUUGAGGCUUACAAAUACAUGAAGUUUGAAGGAGGAGUGCAUCGUGUUCAGCGGGUGCCAAAGACAGAAAAACAAGGACGCAUUCACACCAGCACAAUGACUGUUGCAAUAUUACCCCAACCCACUGAGAUGAGGCUGCAAAUUAGUCCAAAAGAUCUACGGAUAGAAACAAAGCGAGCAAGUGGAGCUGGAGGCCAGCAUGUCAAUACCACAGAUAGUGCUGUGCGGAUAGUUCACAUUCCAACAGGGAUUGUGUCUGAAUGUCAGCAAGAAAGAUCCCAAAUUAGAAACAAAGAGAAGGCUAUGCAAAUGCUAUGUGCUAAACUGUACAACGCCAAACUAGAAGAAGAAACCAAAAAGAGAAACUAUGCUCGAAAGAUUCAAGUUGGGACUAAAGGAAGAUCAGAGAAGAUCAGAACAUACAACUUUCCACAGGACCGGAUUACAGAUCACAGAAUAAGCAGAUCGGUGCAUCAUGUUGAGUCUUUCAUGCUAGGGGAAGAAAUGCUAGAUGAAAUGAUACAAACUGUGAGAGAAUAUGCUGAUUAUGAAUCUCUAAUGGAAAUUAUUUCAGAAAAUGAAAAAAAAUAAUUCCUCCUGAACGUUGUUCAUUCUCAGGCCAUUACAAGAGAUGUAGACCUUGGUCUGCAAAGAAGCUUCUCAGAGCACUACUCAGAAAAUUGAACUUCUUUUUAGAUCAUGAAAAACAUCACAACUUGUUUCUUUAUGAAUAUUAAACAGUUUUCUUACUUGCUGAGUAAAAGACUCUAUUAUCUUCAUAUAAGACAUUAUUGCUGUAGUAGUCCUUUUGAAAAGUUUAUUUGACUGCACCAGAAGUAACAACAGUUUUUAACUUCUGCUUCUGAGAACUGAUACACCACUCUCAAAAGGUAUGCAUGCAUUAAAAAAGGAGUUAUUUCUAGUUCCUGUUUUUGUUUAAGCUACAGCUUAACCAUCACACAACAGUGUGAAGUUGCUUACUUGGGAGAACAAAAAAAUCCUAUUUUGUUUGAGUGAUUGGAAAAAAGUGAUAAAUAAAUGAUCCCACUCUAUCCACAUAUUUAUUAAUCACUUACAUGUUCAUGGAAACAGGAGUCAAAGUAUAUUUCUGUCAUGUUUUCAAGGCCUUCUGGCCCUUAUUUAUAAAUACCAAACAAGUUUAGGAAUAUCCCUUGUUCAAGGAAAAAAAGCCAUGGAAACCAAGUGAGGAAUCAUAAGGAUUGGUUUUGGAACAAAUGUUUGUGUUCUUGAGUCAAAAAUGACAGCAAUUGUUACAAUAUUGUUCGACUGAUAUUUUAGUAUCCAGUUGACUUCAGUUCAGUGUCUCUUUUAUGGUUUUAAUUGAAUGUCCAAGUUAUUGAUCUUCUAAAAGUUAUGUGCUAUGGCCAGCACUUACUCGUUUUGUCUGUUUAUUUAACGGCAUUUUACAACAUUUGAUACUUUUAUCAUUUUUUUUUUUCUAGUCAACUGCAUGGUAACUAUGAUUAAGUUCCAAGUCUUUUAAUUUAAGAUGCAUUCAUUAACUUCAGAUGAAGGAAUGUCUGUGUGCAUAAGAUGAGGCAUACAUAUUUCCAUUGAUAAGCACGUGUCCUAGAUCUGUAUUUACUAGCAGUUUUAUAACUCCAAACCGGCACAUAAAAAAAGUAAAAAGAAA